GCCCGGAGACCCCCCACCCCUGGUCAGCAAGUGCUCUCCGCAGACGCCGGUGGGGUCCAGUGGAAGUGACCGCAGGUUUUUGGGCCCUCCCGCCCUCUGCCCCGGUUCCACAGAGCCCCCGCCCUGAGAAGGGGCCAUGACGGAGGCGCGGCGCGACAGCACCAGCAGCCUCCAGCGCAAGAAGCCGCCAUGGCUGAAGCUGGACAUCCCCGCCCACGCCGGCCCGGGACCCGACGAGCCGCCCGCCUUCCUCCAGCCGCUGAAGCGGCAGAGCUUUCUGCGGAGCGUCAGCGUCCCCGCCGAGGCCUCCUCCCGCCUGCCCUCACCGCACGCCGAGGGGCCUCCCCGCAGGCCCGCCCUCCACAGGCAGACCUCCAUCACCCAGACCAUCCGCAGGGGCACAGCCGAUUGGUUCGGCGUUAGCAAGGACAGCGACGCAACCCAGAAAUGGCAGCGGAAGAGCAUCUGGCACUGCAGCCAGCGCUACGGCAAGCUGAAGCCCCAGGUGAUCCGCGAGAUGGACCUGCCCAGCCAGGACAACCUGUCCCUGGCCAGCACCGAGACGCCCCCGCCCCUCUACGUUGGCCCGUGCCAGCUGGGCAUGCAGAAGAUCAUCGACCCCUUGGCCCGUGGCCGGGCCUUCCGGAUGGCGGACGACGCCGAUGGCUACAGCGCCCCGCACACGCCCGUCACCCCGGGGGCCACCUCCCUCUGCUCCUUCACGAGCUCCCGCUCGGGCUUCAACCGCUUCCCGCGGCGCCGGAAACGCCAGUCCGUGGCCAAGAUGAGCUUCCGGGCCGCCGCCGCGCUCGUCAAGGGCCGCUCGGUCAAGGAGACGGGCCCUCGGAGGGCCCAGAGGCGCAGUUUCACGCCCGCCAGCUUCCUGGAGGAGGACACGGUGGACUUUCCCGACGAGCUGGACACGUCCUUCUUCGCCCGGGAGGGGGUGCUGGCAGAGGAGCUGUCCACCUACCCGGACGAGGUUUUCGAGUCCCCCUCGGAGGCGGCCCUCAAGGACUCGGAAGAGAAGGGAGCUGACCAGGCCGACCUGACCGGCGGGGCCCUUGACCGCGGCGAGCUGGAGAGGAGCCACCUGAUGUUGCCCCUGGAGCGCGGCUGGCGGAAGCAGAAGGAGGGGGCGGCGGGGUCGGGCCAGCCCAAGGUGCGCCUGCGGCAGGAGGUGGUGACCCUGGCAGCCUCGCGGCGCGGGCAGCGCAUCGCCAUGCCCGUGCGCAAGCUGUUCGCCAAGGAGAAGCGACCGUACGGGCUAGGCAUGGUGGGCCGCCUCACCAACCGCACCUACCGCAAACGCAUCGACAGCUACGUCAAACGCCAGAUAGAAGACAUGGACGACCACAGGCCGUUUUUCACCUACUGGCUGACCUUUGUGCAUUCGCUCAUUACCGUCCUCGCCGUCUGCAUCUACGGCAUCGCGCCCGUCGGCUUCUCCCAGCACGAGACCGUGGAUUCGGUCCUGAGGAACAGAGGGGUGUACGAGAACGUGAAGUUCGUUCAGCAGGAAAACUUCUGGAUCGGACCGAGCUCGGAGGCUCUCAUCCACCUGGGAGCCAAGUUCUCCCCGUGCAUGCGGCAGGACCAGCAGGUGCACAGCUUCAUCCGGGCCACGCGCGACCGCGAGAAGAACUCGGGCUGCUGCGUGCGCAACGACCGCUCGGGCUGCGUGCAGACCUCCGAGGAGGAGUGCUCCUCCACGUUGGCCGUGUGGGUGAAGUGGCCAGUCCACCCCAGCACCCCGUAUCUCGCCGGGAACAAGCGGCAGUUUGGUUCUGUCUGCCACCAGGACCCCAGGGUGUGUGACGAGCCGUCCUCCGAGGACCCCCACGAGUGGCCGGAUGACAUCACCAAGUGGCCGAUCUGCACCAAGAACAGCGCGGGGAACCGCACCAACCACCCGCACAUGGACUGCACCAUCACGGGCCGACCCUGCUGCAUCGGCACCAAAGGAAGGUGCGAGAUCACCUCCCGCGAGUACUGUGACUUCAUGAGGGGCUACUUCCAUGAAGAGGCCACGCUCUGCUCCCAGGUGCACUGUAUGGACGACGUCUGUGGGCUCUUGCCGUUCCUCAACCCGGAGGUUCCCGACCAGUUCUACCGCCUGUGGCUGUCUCUCUUCCUGCACGCUGGGAUCCUGCACUGUCUGGUGUCGGUGUGCUUCCAGAUGACCGUCCUCAGGGACCUGGAGAAGCUGGCGGGCUGGCAUCGCAUUUCCAUCAUCUACCUGCUCAGCGGCGUCACCGGGAACCUGGCCAGCGCCAUCUUCCUCCCGUACCGGGCCGAGGUGGGUCCGGCGGGCUCGCAGUUCGGCAUCCUGGCCUGCCUGUUCGUGGAGCUGUUCCAGAGCUGGCAGAUCCUGGCCCGGCCGUGGCGGGCCUUCUUCAAGCUGCUGGCCGUCGUGCUGUUCCUCUUCACGUUCGGCCUGCUGCCCUGGAUCGACAACUUCGCCCACAUCUCGGGCUUCGUCAGCGGCUUCUUCCUGUCCUUCGCCUUCCUGCCCUACAUCAGCUUCGGCCGGUUCGACCUGUACCGCAAGCGCUGCCAGAUCAUCGUCUUCCAGCUGGUGUUCCUGGGGCUGCUGGCCGGCCUGGUCAUCCUCUUCUAUUUCUACCCCAUCCGCUGCGCCUGGUGCGAGUUCCUCACCUGCCUCCCCUUCACGGACAAGUUCUGCGAGAAGUACGAGCUCGACACCCAGCUCCACUGAGCUGAGCGGCGGCGGAGGAGGACGCGGACCGCGGCUCCAGCGGGCCCGGAGCCGGGCGGCCCGCUCCGCCCCCCGCCCGGACGGGGGGGACUCGCCUGUGUUUCCUGCCAAGAGAAGGACGGCGCCUCGUUCAAUUUUACUGAACCCCCUUCUCUUGCUGCCGGAUGUGUCUUAUUCCUUUCGGUCCUUUGUUUAUAAGCGGGCCGGGCGGCCAUUAAAUGGAACGGGAGCGUUUUAGCUGCCAGAAAGC